GGAGAUAACAGAUAUUUGCUCGCUCGCUCGCUCCAGUCCAGUGGACUCUCACGGGCCUCAUUUGAACCCGGGCCGGGCCGGGCCGCAGACGAGCCCACGUGGAGCCGCUACUACUCCCGCAUAUCGGCGUCGGCGGCUCCUGCUCCUGCUCCGACGACCGCCGCCACCAGCAGUAGCAGAGGGUCGUCGUCGUCACCGCCGGAGACAUGUCGAAGCUGCAGAUGCCGGCGGACGACAGCGUGGCGCUGCGCGUCACGCACUCCAACCUCGCCACCUUCGCCUCCGACAUCCGCGUCUCGCAGCAGACGACCGUGGAGGCGCUCAAGGAGAAGCUGUGGAAGAAGACGGGCACGGCCGUGGGCUCCAUGCGCCUCGAGCUCCGGGACGAGGCCGGCGCCAGGGUCGCCGACCUCGACCGCGACGCCGCGCCCCUCGCCGCCUACUCCCCCUACGACGGGUACCGGCUGCACAUCAUCGACCUCGACCCCUCCUCGGUGACCUCCGGCGGGUGGCUGGAAGACACCUCGCUCGUCGAGAAGUACACCAUCUCGGACGAGGCGUAUGACAAGCUCGGCACAAACUUCCGGAAGUUCAAAGAGAAGAUGGUGGCGAAAACCACUGUAUCGGAUGAUAACCAGUCAGACAAUCAGAUGGAGGAAUUGUGUGCCAACAUCAAGGUGGGAGAUAGAUGUGAACUCGAGCCAGGUGCCAAGAGGGGCACCGUGAAAUUCGUCGGCAAAGCUGAAGCCCUUGGGCGUGGAUUUUGGGUUGGAGUGCAAUACGAUGAGCCACUUGGAAAACACGAUGGCAUGGUGAAAGGAGUUCGCUUCUUCGAGUGCCCUCAAGGGCAUGGAGCAAUUGUUAGGCCAGAGAAAGUGAAGGUUGGCGACUUUCCGGAGAGGGACCCUUUCGAUGAUGAAGAUGAGAUAUAGGUCGGCAACUUCUGGGAGAGAGACCCCUUGGAGGAAGACGAAGACCAAGACAACAAGAUAUAAGCAAGCAAGGCUGCAAGAGUGCUCAUGCUUUGGUGUGCCUUAACAUGUAAUUGUAACGAUUUGUGGUGUGCUGCCUUCGAAAAGAACACUCUGAAAUUCAUUGAUGUUGAGGAUGAUGUGAGAUGGUUGAAAUAUGCAUGUACUCCCUCCUUCCCUAAAUAUAAGUCUUUCUAGUGAUUGUACUAUGGACUAUAUACAGAGCAAAAUAAACGAAUCUACACUCUAAA